AUGUGUAUGAAGGUCAACUGCAGCACUUGCAACAAAGCCACCUGGUAUGGCUGCGGCGCACACAUUCCCAGUGUUUUGGACAACAUCUCCGAGGACCAGUGGUGCACUUGUGACCCCAAGGUCGAGAUGAACGGCAAGAAAUACCCGCCCAAGGCGAAAUGA